GCAUUAUUAAUGCGUGGCCACGAAUUAAUUAUUACGUGGCCACGCAAUAACUAAAUCUAGAUAGUCUGAAACUGAUGACUGAGUGACAACACUAGCUCUGUACCGUAGGCUAUACGGCUAUUAUCGCGAAGCAUGGAUCAUUUUGAUUUGAUUUCAUUUUAUUUUCAUUUGGGUAUGAAUUAUAAUGAUAUUCUGCAAUCCCUUGCAGUUAAGCACAGUGUCAUCAUUAGCAAAAGGCACUUGAUUCGGCUGCUGAAAAUGCACGGUUUGAAACGUAAACAAUAUGCGGACAUUGGGCAAGUCGUCGACUUCAUUAAGCAGGAGCUAGAAGGACCGGGGAGACUUCAUGGCUACAGGUGGAUGCAUGCAAAAUGCCUGCAAAGUGGGAUCAAUGCAAAAAAGGAAGAUGUUCGUUUAAUCCUUGCAAAUCUGGAUCCAAACUUCUCAGCUAUGCGUCGAGCCCGGAGACUAAUCCGCAGACGGUAUUUUGCGCAAGGGCCAAACUACAUUUGGCACGUUGAUUCCUAUGACAAAUUAAAGCCCUAUGGCAUUUGCAUAAAUGGAUGCAUAGAUGGGUUUUCCCGAAAAAUCAUCUGGUUGAAAGCGGCAUACACAAGCAAUGACCCACAUGUCAUAGGAGGCUACUUUGUAGAGGCUGUGGAGCAGACUGGUGGUUGUCCUCAGAUCAUCCGGACAGAUCUGGGAACUGAAAAUGUGGUUGUACGAGACAUCCAAACCUUCCUCCGUCGCCAUGACAAUGACAACAGAUCAGGUGAUAGGAGCUAUAUUGCUGGAACCAGUACUUCAAAUCAGAGAAUUGAGAGUUGGUGGGGGAUCCUGCGCAAGGAAGGAAUGGAGUACUGGAUACAAUUCUUGGGCGAAAUGAAAGACGAAGGUCUGUUUGUUGGUGACUUCCUGGACAAAUCUCUUGUACAGCUGAGUUUUCGGAACGUUAUUCAGGAACACCUGGACAAGAUCAAGGCAGUGUGGAAUACCCAUAGAAUCCGGCCAACAAAGAAUUGCAAUGUACCAAGUGGCAUCCCUGACGUGAUGUAUACUGUGCCACAGCUGUGGGGCUCUGAGGAUUGUGUUGUUCCACACAGCAACCUCGGUGCCUGUAAACAGACAUGCAAGUUCCUUUCAACCAUCCCUUGCGACGAAGACGUAUUUGACCUCUGUAAUAUGAUCAUGUUAGAGUCAGGCCUUACUUUCCCCACAAACAUACCACAAGCUCAAGAUUUUUAUUUGACAAUCCGUGAGGCUCUUCGCUCCCUCAUCUUUAACUGAGUUGCCUGAUCAAUUCGCAAAUAUGACAGCUUAAUUCAUUACCAUUGAAUCGAAUAGUAUUACCACUUUUGUUUAUUAAUUGUGCUUCCUUACUGUUCCUGUUGGCGUUUUUCUCAGUUACAAGCACUGUACAUUUUUUAUUAAUCAAUGAUAGUGUCAAUAUCUUAUCCUAUAUUGAGUUAACAUGUAUGCCUAUCCAGCAGCAUAUGUGUAUGAGAUUGAGCUUUCAAAAGCUCUUGUGGUUAACCAUGUCUAUACAUUAGGUAUUUAUUCAAUGUAUUUAAUUCCAUUUUUUAGCAACUAGUAAUUAAUUAACAUAUAACACCGCUGUUAAAUGUCACCUUAGUGGUACAACAUUUCCCAUGUAUUUUCAGUGGCUUCAUGGAUGCACAUGUACAAUAAAAUGUGGUAAUUAUUUUG